AUGGAUCACUACAGUCCCAAGUCGCGGGCCAGGAAUCGAGCGAGUCCUGAUCGGGAUCGCCGUGGACGUGACCAUCGUUCAAGCUCAUAUCGAACACCAGCCAACUCCCGUCACAUGGAUUCCUACCGACCAGAUCAAGCAAAGCAGCCAGAUAGGGCAGAUCGUCGUGAUAGAGGCGAUCGCACCAGCCAGCACCAUUCUCGAACUCAACGAACUGAGCAACUUCCUCCUAAGACAGCUGGAAUCAAGAAGAAGACCAAGCGCGCACGUACUACGAACCCCUCGACCCGUAUCCAUUCUCUCAAAAAGCUUCUCAAUGGCUCCAGCAAUCUACCGAUGACGGUCCGGCAGGAAAAGGAACGCGAGCUUGCUGCGUUGUUGAUCGAUCAAGAGAAGAAGAGAAUUGCUGAUGAUGGCCGGCGAAACUUGAGCAAAUAUCAUUUUGUGCGCUUCAUCGAGCGGCAAAAAUGCGAACGAUCACUGAAGAGGCUGAUUCAGCAGCGAGAUACACUUGAUGGACAGGAUGAAUCCAGCAAAGUACAUCUCGAACAAAAGAUACAUGAAGGAGAAGUAGACUUGAACUAUACCAAGUACGCUCCGUUGGGAGAAAAGUACAUCAGUCUUUUUCCAAAUUUGGGCAAUCGCAAGAACAAUCUACCCAUGCCGACGGAAGAUAGUGCCAUACUCAACAGUCAAGAAGCGGAUGACUUGCUCAAUUUUGAGGAUGAGCAAAGCAAUCUUUUGAGGUUGGCUUCAGAUGAGAAACCCCCAAUGUGGUAUCAAGUCGAGGAAUGUAUGCUUGAAGGCCAGUUGAAAUUAGAAGCUUUGCGGGAAGGCAAAUUGACCGCUGGGACCAAGUUGGACAAGGAGUUGACAGCUGUAGGCAACAAAAACGAAGUUGCUUCACGAGUCGAGCGCGACCAAAGACUUCUGCGAGAUCCGUCCCUGGCAGACGAAAAUGUGAUAGAUCAACCAGACCAAGACAGCGAUGGAAACAUGAGUGAUGGUGGUUUUUUCGAACGUUGA